UUCAAGUCAAGUUCGAGUGAUCACUGGUGAUUGAGUUGGUCCAAUAUCUAAUGUGUUGCGAUUCUACGUCCACCUCUGCUUGUGGAGUUUGUAAAAUAAUCCUUCACCAUGGAUCGCAAGAAUGAGCUCGAGCGCAAGAAGCAGAAGCUCGAGGAGAUGCGGAAACGCCGCGAGCGAGAGCGACGAGAAAGGGACGAGAAACGUCAGGCGGCCACGUCUCCAGAGCCAAGCAGCGCUGCGGCAGCAUCUGCAAGCGCCUCGGCAAGGGAUGUCGAAGGUCUGGUCGAUCAGCUAAUCGGUGGAGCAGCAGCAGAAGGUCGCAGUCCAUCACCUAGUCCCGCCACAUCUGCCGGCCCUUCACCUGCGCAUGCUAGUGAUGCAGCGGGUGCUUCUGCAUCUGCUGCCGCCGCUGCAGCACCGUCAGUUACACUCACCUCUCCGAAGAAAUCGAUAACACUGACCCGGUCGGCAGUGACACAGACCAGUAUUCCUCCUAAAGAAACCGUCACAUACAGCAAGGAGAUUCAAACAGAUCCGAUCGACUUUCCUGAAGCAGAUGAGCAACUUGCAGAACCGGUCGACGUUGCAAUGGAGACGCCAACUCCGGCCGGUGAAGAUGAAGGCACGGCGGUGCAAACGGAGACAGAAACUUCACACGCGCUGCCCAUUCGAGAGCUAUCCGAGGAGGAGCGUACACUGAUCAUGGGCUCUCAGGACUUUGGCCGUUUCUUCCAGCAUGCAUCCAAGCUGAUGCAGCGUGCCCUGGGUGAAGCCGACGUGGCAGUCGACUAUCGGAUGGAUGAUGACGACGACGGAAAGAAUGAAGUUGCAGCAGGUGCAAAGGUAAAGUUGGGUCGCCAGUUCUCUGAGGAUCGGUGGUCACGUCGUCGUGCUGUUACCUGUAUGGACUGGUCACACCAGCACCCUGAGUUACUUGUGGCAUCAUACGGCAAUAAUGAAGAAGCGCCGCAGGACCCUGAUGGUGUUGUCCUGGUUUGGAACUCCAAGUUCAACGCCCAAACGCCAGAAUACAUUUUCCACUGUCAGUCGGCCGUCAUGUCAACAACAUUCACACGGUUCAACCCUCAUCUCAUACUGGGCGGUUGCUACUCCGGCCAGAUCGCGCUCUGGGACAUUCGCAGCAACAAGCGGACGCCAGUGCAGAGGACACCGCUCUCCGCCCAUGCCCACACGCAUCCUGUGUAUUGCCUGAGCAUCGUGGGUACACAGAACGCUCACAAUCUCAUCAGUGUGUCAACGGAUGGCAAGAUGUGCUCCUGGAGCUUGGACAUGCUCAGUCAACCGCAGGAUGCUCAGGAGCUGCAGUUCAAGACGGCCAAGUCGGUGGCUGUGACCAGCCUGUCGUUCCCGCAAGGCGAGGUUAACAACUUCAUGGUAGGAAGUGAAGAUGGUUCGGUCUACACUGGCUGUAGGCAUGGCAGCAAAGCUGGUAUUGGCGACAUAUAUGAAGGUCACACGGGCCCUGUCACGUCACUCAGUUCUCACACGGCGUCAGGCCAGGUCGACUUCUCCAACUUGUUCUUGACGUCUUCAUUCGACUGGACCGUCAAGCUAUGGAGUCAAAAGCACCAACAAGCGAUAUAUUCAUUCGAGACGAGUUCGGACUAUGUAUUCGACGUACAGUGGUCUCCUGUGCACCCGGCUGUAUUUGCAUCGGUCGACGGUGUUGGUCAUCUUGACUUGUGGAAUAUGAACACAGACACCGAAGUACCGGUUCUCAGUGAGCAGGUGGAUGCCGUCAGCGCACUAAAUCGUGUGCGGUGGAGCUCUACAGGCCAGCAAGUGGCAUGCGGCAAUGCAGAUGGCACUGUGUACAUCUACGACGUCGGCGAGCAUUUCCAUCAGCCUCGCAAUGAUGAGUGGACUCGUUUCAAGAACACGUUGCAGGACCUGCAGGCCAGUGAUUCCACGACCAAUCCCGAGUCGUCAACGAGCACAGCCGGAUCGGCGCCUUACUAGGACAAGUACGGCAGUGUAUUUAAUAGUCCAUGUGUGUGUGCCGUGUAUUCCGCAUUGUGCCUGUGUGCUGUGCUGCUCGUAAUACCACGUACUGUGCCGCGUAGGUGCAUUGCGGUAAUGUGAUGCUAUGCGUGCACGGUGAAACGCAUGGACACGACGGCACACACUACGCACGCGUGCAGUACAUUCGUAGAGAGGAGCUUGCUCGCUUAGCUCGUUCUGUUUACAUUCUCUUUUAGCCUUUUUUCAUUUCUAUACGCUAGGCUAUAUUUUUUGCUUGGCGUGUAGACUGGAUAUAUGUCACACCCUUGCUGUCAGGAGCUGUGACAACUGAUACCACACUCUGUUGUCAGCAGGAGCUGUGACAACCGAUAUUGUAUGCUAGUUCUCUUAUUCCUUUGCUUAUCUUUUGAAAGUGCUGUCUUGCUUUCCGGUGGACCGACUAACAUUAUUUUCUUCACCACGCCACCCAGAUCCACAAGCUGUACAUAGUAGCUGUAGAGUUGUGUAAGCACUGCUCUGCUUACCCCCUCCUCCCCAGCGUUUGCUUUGCAUUGCUUUUUCUAUUGUGUUUUCGGAAGCUGUUGCCGUUCAGCUCCCUCCCGAUGCGCCCUUCAAGCUCCGUGCUCGCCAUUUUCUGUUUUGUAAUAUAGAGAGCAUGGAUUUUUUGUUUUGUUUUGUCAGCAUCGUUGUCGACACAAGAACCCGCCUCAUCAUUCCUAUUAUCAGCAUCAUCUCAACCGUUCAUCAUUGUCACCGUCAGCAUCAUAUAAACUACUGCAGUGUGUCAUUGUAUAGAAACUCAGUGUCCCCACGAUUUCCAUGAAUUUGCUACUUCUUAUAGACUUAGGCAUGCAAAGUUAACGUUUUUUUCAUUUAGCAUUUUUCAUGGCUUUUGAACUCUUUGUUUUAUAUAAAACUCCUAUGUUUCCCACACUGUGUUUUUGCUUGCCAUUGCACUGUUGAUUCUGUGCUGGUAUGUGCCCCUAUGAAUGCAGAGAACCUCACGUA